CGAUUUUGCUCCUCCUAUUGAUAGAGGUAGCGUGAUGAUAGUUGCGGGGCUGGAGACUUACCUGUCGGCUGAUGAGUUGCUCUACGACGCUGCUUGGACGACAACGAGUGCAGAGCCUUCUCACGAGUCUCGACACCUCCGAAUACUGCCGGAACGCUCCGUUUGUGAGUGUGGACACGAAAACAACAUCCCAACAAAGUUGCACCCACCCUCUAUGGGAUGAGGGUGCUGAAGCCGAGGAUGGGCGACAGCAUAAACGCAAAGCAAGUGACGGGUACAACGCCUGUGGAGGCACGGACAGGACGGCCAACCGCAGGAAAAUAUCGGCAGAUGCAGGAGCAGAGGCCGCAUCAGGACCUGUCGCUGAUGGCUUUGACGAUCUUCAGCAACGCGGUGCACAUCAUCCCGUUCGCCUCAUCGGACGCCUCGUGUCAGCCAUCAAUGCGCCGUGUUUCUCCAUAACUUCAGCGAUGGUGUCGAAUGUCUGUUGGCGCAUGGUCUUCCUCUUGCAGUUCCCUCCCGUGCUGCUUGCACUGAACCCGGACUACCACAUCGAGCCUCCGUCGUCGUCGUUCUCAUCAGCCCCGGUGGCGGAUUCUCCAACAACUGAUGGGGAACGUGGCAUUUGCACUCCUUCACAAGUGCUCAUGUCGGCGGUGUUGUCCAGGGCAGGCACGGUUGCACUGCAUGGAGAUUACGGGCAGGCAUGGUCGGGUCCUGGCGGUGAAAAGGGAAAAACCGCAGCUGCUUGCUCAUCAGGGGUCUCUAUGCCGAAGGUUGUCAAAAGGACCGUCACGUUCCAAGAGAAGUAUUGGGCAAUCAAUUGCAACCUCGGUAUGAAAGCCGCCUACUGUGGGCCCGUCGUUUUCUUGCGGGACGAGAGUGGCAGUCACUACCUAUGUGGGCGUAUCAAGACUUACUCAUUUGAUAAGAACAUGCCUGACGAGGAGCACAUGAGAUUCCAUCUCACAACGUGUUUCGACAUCGAUGGUCACGAGGUGCCUGACAACUACAAACUCGUGUCCCUCCACGUCGACAAGUUUCAAGGUUAUGGCAUCCGCGUUGCGUCAAUGCCACCGUUCGACAAGUUGACGAAGAAGGAUGUGUCGCAGAUGGUGAUGAUAAGGCUGUUUGAGUUCCUGAAACACGUUAAUUGCUAUAAAGUGUCGAACCGUAUCGCGACGAUUGACAACAUGCUGCAGUUGUCAACUCCCUUCGUGUCGUUCAACUGUGAUCUUCAAGACUUUGUAGACAAAGUGCGAUAACAUGAAGAGGAAAACUUAGAGGAUGGUUGGGCCGAAGGCGAUGGUAGUGAAGGCAAAGAGGAUGGUGGUCACGAAGGCGAUGGGAGUGAAGAAGAAGAGGAUGAGGAUGCAAGUGAUGAGGACGCCGAAGAACGGGAAGACAGCUACGAAGGCGGGAGUGAAGGAGAUGAGGGUGGGGCGAACGAGAAAGACGACGGGAAUAGUGGGUCAUAGAAAAGGCGGGAAGAGUAUUCUCGGGCCACAAGUGAUCACGGCCCGACAGAAGAUGCCGGUGUGUUGCAUGGCACACAGAGCUCUGUGUGCAUGCACAAGAAGAAAAUGAAAGCUGGGAGAAUAG